CUGCGGGGAAGUCAACAUUUGUGAAUAUCCUAAAAAAAGUCUGCGAGGAUUGGGAGGUGGUUCCUGAACCUGUUGCCAGAUGGUGCAAUGUUCAGAGCACUCAAGAUGAAUUUGAGGAACUGACAACCUCUCAGAAAAGUGGUGGGAAUGUCCUUCAGAUGAUGUAUGAAAAACCCGAACGAUGGUCUUUUACCUUCCAGUCAUAUGCCUGUCUCAGUCGCAUACGUGCUCAGCUCUUCUCUGUCAACAGCAAGCUCAAAGAUGCAGAGAAACCUGUGUUAUUUUUUGAACGAUCUGUAUAUAGUGACAGGUACAUUUUUGCAUCUAAUUUGUAUGAAUCUGAUUGCAUGAAUGAGACAGAGUGGACAAUAUAUCAAGACUGGCAUGACUGGAUGAAUAACCAGUUUGGCCAAAGCCUUGAAUUGGAUGGAAUCAUUUAUCUUCGAGCUGCUCCAGAGAAAUGCUUGAGUAGGAUACAUUUACGAGGAAGAACUGAGGAGCAAGGCAUCCCUCUUGAGUAUUUAGAGAAGCUGCACUAUAAGCAUGAAAGCUGGCUCCUGCAUAGGACCCUAAAAACCAACUUUGAGUAUCUACAGGAGGUUCCUAUCUUAACAUUGGAUGUCAAUGAAGACUUUAAAGACAAACAUGAAAGUCUGAUUGAAAAGGUCAAAGAAUUUUUGAGUACUUUGUGAUCUUGCAGAAGACUACAGGCAGCCAAAUGUUCCAGACACUUCUGUUUUGUGUAUCUUUGUAGCUCAGUAUUCAUAGCAGGGUCUUUAGAAGGCUCAAGUUUUCAACCAUUUGUGUUCCAAGAAAAAGAAAUUUUUAUGAAUCCUACAUAAAACUUUGUGACUUAUUUCUCUUUUACUUCCUCCCUUCCUUCUUUCACUUAGAAAGUCAGACACUUACUUCUCUCUCACAAUAGGAAGUCUGGAGGUAAAUGGUUCUAGAAUCAGUACAGUGGCCUCUUGUCUUCCCACUGUAUUAUUUUCUCAUGGUGCUUCUCACCUCCCUGGAGACCAGUUUCUUAACUGGAGACUUUAAAUUAGCAUACCUGCUAAAGGUUGAAAAACAGAAUUUAACGAAUUCUAAACUAAAGAUUUUAAAUUUUUUUGCUUUUUCUUUUUGGAGGUGUUAGGGAUCAAACCUAGGGCUUCAUACAUGGUAGGUAAGCACUCUACCACUUUGUUAGACUUCUGGGCCCUGGGGUUUCAAGUGUUUUUUUAUCAAGUGCCUCCCAUUCCUCUAAUUCAUAUUGAAGAUAAGACAAGGUUUAGUAUUUAAUGACUUCACUGAUAUUGAUGUAUCUAUAACGUAUUUAUGGAGGAGCAGGUUAGGCUUUGUUCCCAGUAUGGUAACAGCAUAACCUAUUUUAUAAAUCAUUUAAUCUUUACUUGUUUUUUCACCGGCAACAUGGGUGAUAUUUUUCAUUCUUCUACGUGAGAUUUUUGGAGGAUUAAGGAGGAAGUUUUUCUAUACUUAAAAGGUAGUUGAAAAGUUAUAUGAGUAUAUUUAAUCUACAUGAAACGCAAAAUAACUACCUGCUUUUCCCUUUUCAGACUAUUGUUUUGGAAGGGACUAUUCCUGUUACAGUUAAAAGACUUUUUUAAACUCUGAUUUCCCUUAAGUUGCUUGAGGAGGAAGUACAGAGAUCCCUAAAAUUCUUCCCAUUUUUAUAGGAUAUGCUAGUGGACUAUGAGUGGUGUUUUUCCGUUUUAUUUCCUAUCCCGUACUCAGAAUGAGCAGGCUGUCUUCAUACUUGGUGAGAGGUCAGAAGAGAACCUGAAGCCUGCUGGGUGUCUCUUGCAGCGCAGUCUGUGCUCUCACCUCACUUCCUGCUCAUUCUGCUGUCCCUGUGGUCCGGGUUGAUUGGGCAGCCCGCUAUUUUAAAAUUAAAAUAAAAGACACUUUUCUGCUUUGAGAACGCUUUGUUUCAUAGUUUGCUUCGCACUGUAGGAUUUUGCCUUUUUUCCCCAUUCAAAAGAAUGACUGAUAAAAAUUACCUUGUUUCAUGUAUAUUAUAAAGCAUUAUCAUUUUUUGUGGAGCUAGGAUAAAAUUUCAAAAGCUUCCAUUAAUACAGUGCACUCAUCACUAACCUACUUCUGUGAAUAGUUGUAAAGUUUGCAUAGAUUCAUCCUCAAUCUUGGGUACAUAAUUAAAGAGGUCUUUUUCCUAGUUUUUAAAAGUUGAGGUGUGGUAGUUUUUCUGUGUAACCUUGCUAUUUUACAUUUUAGAUAUAUUUUUUUUUUUGUUUGGAAUAGAAUCACUUCUGUGUUGAAACUAACUUUCCUUUAUUUUUAAAUUUGAUAUCACUCUCCUUUAAAACAUCAUCUUUUGUUUUUGGUUUCUUUGUCACAAAUGGUAACUUAAGGGGUUGACCAGUCUAAAUGCACUAAUCUUUGAAGUUUAAUUGCGGAUCUGUAAUAACCAUAAAUAUUUAAACUGUCUUAGGUAUGAACAUUGUUUUUUGUUUGGUAUAAAUGAAUUUGUCUACAAUUAAAUCUUUGUCAACAAAUAAAUUUCAGUUUCAUGAACUAUGGUA